AUGGCAAUCAAAUCAAAGCUGAUUCUUUCGAUCCUUCUCCUCCUCCUCGUCAGCUUCAAGACCUUUGCCGCGGCGGAGGAAGACGAAGAUCUCAAAUUUCUCGAGGAGGCGGAAGAAGUUCCGGCGGCUCCUUCCCAUGCUGAUUUCCACAACUAUGAGAACUACGACGAUCUCGAAGACGACGACGGCUCCGAUGCUUCUUCGGAAGACGGCCACGAUUCCUACUCGCCGCCUCCGGUGGACGAGAAGGAUGUGGUGGUUUUGAAGGAGUCCAAUUUCAGUGACUUCGUAGCCAAUAACAAGUAUGUGAUGGUGGAAUUCUACGCGCCGUGGUGCGGCCACUGCCAGGCUUUGGCUCCGGAAUAUGCGGCGGCCGCGACGGAGCUGAAGGGUGAGGAGGAGAAGGUGGUGCUGGCGAAGGUGGACGCCACGGAGGACGGUGAAUUGGCUCAGAAGUAUGAGGUUCAGGGGUAUCCCACUGUUUACUUCUUUGUUGAGGGCAUUCACAAGCCUUAUACCGGUCAACGAACCAAAGAUUCCAUUGUUACUUGGGUGAAGAAGAAGACUGGACCUGGUUUGAAGAACAUUACUACUACUGAGGAUGCAGCAAAUAUCUUGGCUGCUGGAGGGAAAGUUGUUUUGGGCUUUCUGGAUGCUCUUGUGGGCUCCUCAAGUGAGGAACUUGCUGCUGCUUCAAGACUUGAAGAAGAUGUAAAUUUCUAUCAAACAUCCAAUCCUGAUGUUGCUAAGCUUUUCCACAUUGACCCACAAGCCAAGCGCCCAGCUUUGGUCCUCAUUAAGAAAGAAGCAGAAAAGAUAAAUCAUUUCGGUGGUCAGUUCACCAAAGUGGAAAUCAGCGAUUUCGUCUACAAGAACAAGUUGCCUCUUGUCACCAAUUUCACUCGUGAAAAUGCUCCUCUUAUAUUUGAGAGUCCAAUCAAGAAACAGUUGAUACUAUUUACCACUUCAAGCGACUCAGAAAAGAUUCUACCCAUAUUUGAAGAGUCUGCCAAAGCUUUCAAGGGAAAGCUUAUAUUUGUUUAUGUAGAAAAGGACAAUGAGGACAUUGGGAAACCAGUUUCAGACUACUUUGGUGUUCAAGGAGAUGCUCCACAAGUUAUUGCGUACACAGGAAAUGAUGAUGCUAGGAAAUUCAAAUUGGAUGGUGAUUUGACCCUGAGCAGUAUCAAGUUGUUUGGGGAGAAGUUCUUGCAAGAUGAUCUUAAGCCUUUCUUCAAAUCGGAUCCGAUUCCAGAGAUGAAUGAUGGGGAUGUCAAAAUUGUGGUUGGUGAUAACUUUGAUGAGAUAGUCCUGGAUGAGUCCAAAGACGUUCUUCUAGAGAUAUACGCUCCAUGGUGUGGGCACUGCCAAGCACUUGAGCCUACAUACAACAAACUUGGAAAACAUUUGAGAGGCAUUGAUUCACUAGUCAUUGCCAAGAUGGAUGGAACCACAAAUGAGCACCACCGGGCAAAGCCUGAUGGGUUUCCAACAAUUCUCUUCUUCCCAGCUGGCAAUAAAAGCUUUGAUCCGAUUACUUUUGACGGAGACCGCACUGUGGUAGAAUUGUACAAGUUCCUCAAGAAGCAUGCAACUAAUCCCUUUAAGCUUCAGAAGCCAGCCACAUCUACUCCCGAAGCCAAGGGUUCCGAUGCAAGCCAUGAUGAGGGCAGCAGCAGCAGCAACGAUCUCAAGGAUGAACUUUGA